AUGCCAGGCAUACCUCUCGUGGCUCGUGAAACUGCGAAUUGUGUUUGCAAUUGCAGUUACUCUAGAGGGGCAGAUCAUAUGUGUCGCCAAGAUCCCCGUGCACAUUUGUCUCCGGAAGAGCAAAUUGCAGCUGAGGAGAGCCUUUCAAUUUAUUGCAAGCCAGUUGAAUUAUACAAUAUUCUUCAGCGCCGAGCUGUUAGAAACCCAUCCUUCCUUCAGAGAUGUUUGCGAUACAAAAUACAUGCAAAAAACAAGAGAAGGAUUCACAUGACAAUAUCUCUUCCAUCAACUGUAAAUGACGAAUCUCGAAUUCAAAGUAUAUUCCCUUUAUGUGUCCUGUUAGCAAGACCAGUUUAUAGUCCUGCAGUUGUAGAGGAUUCUGCAGCUUAUCAUUUCAGUCGAGCAUGUAUAUUAACUAAAUGUGUGGGAGAUGGUCGGAUGAGCCAAGAUCAAGCUAAUUUUAUUCUUCCUGAGUUUAACAAACUGUCAGCAGAAGUUAAAUCUGGUUCUCUCUCUAUAUUGUUUGUCAGUUGUGGUAUGCUGUUUUUCCCUAAUAUUUGUGUUGUAUUUGUUUUAUUCAUAGCAAAUGUUGAGGGUCCUUGCUUCCUCGGUAAAAUUCCAAUGGAGCUACUUCAUUUAUCAUGGGACAAAUCUCUGAACUUGAGUGGUGGGCAGAGAGCUGAGAUGCUGUCUACUGUUGACUUGCAUUCAUGCUCCUUGAAGACAAACUGCUUUGGAGAUGACAAAUGCUUCUCAUUUCGUAGUCCUCGUGACAGAACUAUGCCUAUGUCUCAACAACUUCAAGUCCGUGUUGCGGCAGAAGAAGUUGGAACCAAGGAGAGAUCUCCUUAUGAUUCAUUUUCAUACAGAGGCAUUCCUUCCUCCACUUUGCCACAGAUUAUUAGGUUGAGGACUGGAAAUGUAGUUUUCAACUACAAAUACUAUAAUAACAAGUUGCAGAGGACCGAAGUAACGGAGGACUUUACAUGCCCUUUCUGUUUGGUUAAAUGUGCAAGCUUGAAGGGGCUGAGAUAUCAUUUGCCCUCCUCUCACGACCUCUUCAACUUUGAAUUUUGGGUAACAGAGGAAUUUCAAGCAGUGAAUGUAUCAGUUAAGACAGAUACAUGGAGAUCUGAGAUUGUUGCUGCAGGUGUUGAUCCUAAGCAACAAACUUUUCUCUUUUGUUCAAAGGCUGCACGACGUAGGAAAAGGAAGAGCUUAAUGCAAAGUUCAAGGCAUGUGCACCCUCUUGUCUUAGAGUCAGUGAUUCCGGGAUCAAUCAAUGAGCCUCGAGACAUGACUGAUGGUAUUGCAGAGAGUGGGGACCGUGAUGCAUCCAGUCCUAGAAUUUCAUCAGCCACAACUCAUUCAUAUGCUGAACCUGAGUGUACUCAGACAUUACCUGGAACCAACCUUGCACCUCCCGCUUUACUACAAUUUGCAAAGACAAGGAAAUUAUCAAUUGAACGGUCUGAACCCAGAAAUCGUGCACUCUUGCAGAGGCGGCAGUUCUUUCACUCUCAUAGAGCUCAACCAAUGGCCUGGGAGCAAGUCCUGUCUGAUCGUGACAGUGAGGAUGAAGUUGAUGAUGAUGUUGCAGAUCUUGAAGAUCGAAGGAUGCUCGAUGACUUUGUGGAUGUUACAAAGGACGAGAAGCAGUUGAUGCAUCUCUGGAAUUCUUUUGUCAGGAAGCAAAGAGUCCUUGCAGAUGGUCAUAUUCCUUGGGCCUGUGAGGCGUUCUCCAAAUUGCAUGGUCAAAAUCUUGUCCGAACACCUGCUUUACAAUGGUGUUGGAGAUUAUUUAUGAUUAAACUGUGGAACCAUGGCCUUCUUGAUGCUCGCACCAUGAACAAUUGCAAUAUAAUUCUCGAGCAAGUCCAAAGCCAGGAUAUUGACCCGGGAGAAUGA